AAAAAUAUGGCUUUAACUCUUUCUAUAGGAGAAUGUCAAACGAAAUUUAAGCCCUAUCUUCAGCGCAAGCAGUCUAAUCCCCGCAUGAUUUGUAUGGUGCGAACAGUCCGGGUCAAGGAAUGGCCGGACGGAUACAUGUAUGCACGAGCCUCCGAGUGGGAGGAAAAGUACCCUGCAGCCGCGGGUCAGUCACAGUCCCCAAUCAACCUCGUAUCUAACGACGCCAGGUUUGACCCAGUCCUCCUGGAAAAACCCUUGACAAUUAACUACUUUACGUCACGUGAAACUGACAUCCUGAAUGACGGUCACAAUAUUGUCAUCUACCCUAAAUAUCGUGGGGUAGAAACCUCAUUAAGAUUGGACCCCUCUGCUCGCUCGGUGAUAUCUGGCGGUCCCUUAACCCCGGGGUCGGAGUAUGAGCUGUCCGACAUCCGGUUCCACUGGGGUCGUUACAGCACCAGGGGGUCAGAGCACAAGGUCAACGGAAAGGCUUUUCCAAUGGAGGUUCAGCUUGUCCACUGGAAUACUUCGAUGUUCCAAAACUUUGAGGAAGCACUCGGAAAACAGAACGGGAUUUGUAUUAUAUCCCUAUUUGUGCAAAUUGGAAAAGAAAAUACCGGUAUUAGAGCACUUUUUCCUGAUUCACUAGCUGAGAUAGCUUACAAAGGUCGGCAAAAGACUACCAACGCCCCAUUUAACCCUGUUGGUUUGUUACCAGAACCAGAUCUCCGAGAUUACUGGACAUACGAGGGUUCACUAACCAUGCCGCCAUGUUAUGAGGGUGUCACGUGGAUUCUGUUCAGGUAUCCCAUGAUGAUCUCGGCUGAACAGAUUGACGAUUUCAGAAGGUUGUACAUGUAUACCAAAGAUGAAAGGCCCCCUAAUGGUUGUGAAGGGCGACUACUGGAUAACUUCCGGCCUCUUAAACCACUUAACGGAAGAGUAGUGCGAGCUUCUUUCCAGUGACACUAAAUUGUAGAUAGAAAUGUACAUAUCGAAUGUUAUUAGUACCUGUGAAUAUGUGCUUAUUAACUAUUUAUUGUUUUUAAAAUACAUCUGAUUGUAUUGGUGCUAUUGUUUGAUCAGGAUUUGUUAUUUGUACAUGCACAUGCAUGCUGUACAAAGAGACUGCUUGGAAUAUUCGUUGUAGACCACAUUUCAUUAUAAACCAUUUUCAAUGAUGCCUGGAUAUAUCCCUCCUGCUGUGUCGUUGCAUUAAAUUUCCCUUUUAUA